AUGUCCUCACCAAAAACAGCUGUCAAAGAGUUCUUGUCAGGGCUCAAACUUGGAUCUCUCAAAUCUUGUCUAGAUCGAAAUUCCAGUUGUUAUUCCCCUGAUGUCGAAAUUCACGUCGUUAAUAAGAAAUCUUUAACCAGGAAAGUUUUCACAACCUCACGCCCGAAACUGCUCCCGGUCAUCUCUCGCUGUGACACCAGGCCCAUGCGAUUAAGUUCUUCCUUAUGGGAAAUGUCACUUGUCUGUGACGAAAAUCAAAAUCUUACAUUUCAAAAAAUUAGCCUUAAGGAGAGGUUCGUAUUUAACCCUCGCAAGAUUUGUGGAUAUUGCAAUACUCCCUAUUCAAUAAUUAUCAGAUAUUCAGCACGUCUCAAUGACCCUGGUGGAAAAAGGAUAGAAGCUUUUAACCUCCUCAAGGUGGAACUGCCAGAACUUUUAGCAGAGAUAAAAGGCCAGCAGGAGGCUAGCAGAGGAGUGUCGGGUGAAGUAAUCUUAAAUGCUUCGCAGUCACAUGAUCCAGAUAGCCUAGCUUAUGGAGUACUUAGUUUCAAUUGGUUUUGCAGUUAUAAGAUGGAUAACACGUCUUUAAAUGAGAGCUGCGGUAACGGAAAGAUGACCUCAAACGGAUCAAUCUUGGUCGUAUACGUCAAUAGACUAAAGUCAAUGCAGAGCUACUAUUUUAAAGUGCUGAUUUCAAAGGGAAAUAGGAAAAAAGAAGCAACUCAUGUGCUUAAGGUGCAUCCAGCUGUAAACUUCACUUUCAGAUGUAUAACCAAUUGCGGUGAAAAGGUCAUUCAAUCCAAGCCGUUGAAGCUCAAACCCAUUUGUGAGGGAAAACUAUGCAAUUUGAUUAGGAACAUAAAAUGGCAUGUCUACAUUUUUCAUUCCACGAACCAUAGCCGUAGGUGGAAAAAUUUACAAGCAUUUACCUGUAUAUCUCCAAGAAAAUUGAAAACUUUUUCCGAGAAGGGAUUUUCCAUGAAGAAUAUUUCUGAUGAAACCAGAAACCCUCGGAUAAAGAUCAAGGCUACGAUUGGAAUACAGAUUAAACAUGAUUUGAUCCACGAAGAUUACGAGAAAGAGUUCGUUGUGAAUUCCUUGCCUGAUGAAAAAAAUGAAGGAGGUGGCUGUUCUGUCACCCCUGAUGACGGUUUCGCAGUGGAAACGUUAUUCAAUAUAACUUGCGUUGGAUGGAAUGACGAGGAUAAACCCCUAAAGUACGAGUAUCACUACAACACGAGCGCUGGCAUAGUAAUCAAUUAUCCAAAGGCAAUAAACAACAUGUUGUCUACACAUCUUCCCGCGGGGGAUAGAGCAAAGGACUUCGAGUUACUGGUGGGCAUUAUUGUUAAGGAUAAACUUGGAGAUAAAAGAACCAGCAAAAUUAGAGUCAAGGUAAGGGACCAGGACUCAGUGAUGGAAACGUUACAUAAGAUUGCAAACGGAAGUAAGAACAAAUUCAUAGACUUGGCAAACACGAGUGAGUAUAAGAAGGCCAGCGAGGUGGCGAUUUCGGUGCUGUCAAUUGUGGAACAGAGGAGGCACUCGAAUGAUUCAAAGCGAGGUGCAAUAUCAGAGGAAACAGCUCGGAAGCUGAAAGAUAAUACCAUAAACGCACUGAAAGGAGCUAGAAUCAUCGAUAUGGACAUUUUCACAAAAGUUACUUCGGUGGUAGCCAUGGUAACCGACGAAAGAGACGAGAUAUCUCAAGAUGAACAGGGAGUGGCAUUGGAACUGCUGGAAAAUGCGACAAAUUUUCUGUCCUCGUUACUAGCGAACAAAAGCGAAGAUGCAGAUGCACGCACGGUGGCAGAGAUCAGUUCGAAAGUAUUACUUGGGUUGGGAAAUAUUUUGAGAAUAUCUUCUGAAGAUGCCAGAAACUAUGGACUUGGCUCCGCAAUUGGAAAACAUUGGUAUAAUGUGGACAAGACUAAGGGAAGAGCUAUUGCCAUGAAAGCUCUUAAAGUUGCAUGGAAACUUCGAAAUCUCCUCAUGGUUACCAAAUCUGCUGUGGAACCUGUGGUUGUUAACAGUCGCUUUCUGUCCAUGGUUCUCUUCGUACAGGAUAAGUCAAACGCAAUAGUAGAAAUCGACAAGAUUAAGUUUAAACUACCGAAUUACAAAGAGACACUCAACGCACAAGGAGUAAAUGGGGCUGAUCUCACUUGCAAAGUGGUGUUAUUCAAGAUAAAUCCUUACACCUGGCACACUAGUGCAGCAAGAGUCAAAUCAUGGGUUAUUGACGUUGUCCUUCAGCCUGAAAAAAAGAAAAAUUUGUCUUUCUCCAAUUUAAAGAAGCCAGUGCAGCUGUAUAUACCGCAGAACACCAACAAUGGAUCUAAAGGUGAUGUCCUGAGCAAGACAGUGCAUUAUUUUGUCAAACCAAGCUUUGAAAUCAACGACUCUAAGUUUAUACAGUACCAUGAAGUUAACAUUCCUCACAAACGCGAUGUAGUUUAUGUAAAACUGAAACCAGAGAACCUAUUUCCUGUCUCUCUACGUGUCUAUGUGAGCUUUUAUGAUUACCCCACGCCAACGAAGCACACCUUUUCAGUUGCAAUACCAUGCAAGCUCGGAGAACCGAAAUGUGGCAACGAUAGCUAUAUCUUUUCUUUCAAUGCUUCUGAUACUGGCCAUACUGGAAUCCACUACAUUGGGAUACACUAUUACGAGAACAAUAGCCAUACAGACAUGCCUCUUCACAAAAGAGCAAGAAGAAGUGUUGAUCCCAAGACCGGACUCCGGAGCUAUUGCAAAGACGGAGGAAGACGAAAGAAACGAUCUUGUGUUGGCACGAAAGAUCCGCCCCCAGCCCCCACGCCUGUACCCACCAUUUUGAGGCCAGAAUACAAUGCUUCUACAGAUUUAAAUUACACCUUGGUGGUAUCAGUCGGGAGUUGCUUCUAUUGGUCUGAAGGAAAGGAGUGUUGGACCGACGAGGGAUGUAAGAUUGCACCAGAAGUAGUUUCAGGGAAUAUCUACUGCCAAUGUAACCACCUAUCUUCUUUUGGCGGAGCGUUCUUCGUGGAACCAAAUAGAAUUGAGUUUCACAAGGUCUUUGGUGAGUUCAGAGAUCUCAGGAAGAACUUCGUCGUCUUGAUAAUACCAAAUGUUUAUCUUCCGGUUGGCGACGAGGAAGGACCACAUCACUACCACAUAUCCAUUCAGACAGGAAUGUGGAUAGGCAAUGGAACCACAGCCAGUGUUGGAAUGAUAAUUUACGGCGAGGACUCCUACAGUGAUAUGAUCGUCCUUAACGACUCAUCUUUCCAGAAAUCGUUUUUCUCUCGUGGAAGUAUUAAUACAUUUACAGUAUCUUUGCCAAGAAGACUGGGGUCGCUUUACAAAGUAAAAGUGUGGCACGACAAUAGCGGCGAGAGUCCUGGGUGGUUCUUACAAGAUCUAGUUAUAACGGAAUUGGAAACGGAGGAAAAAUGGUAUUUCCUCACAAAAAGAUGGCUGGCAGUCGAAAAAGGUAAGGGAGAGAUCGAAGUAGAACUCAAAACUUCAAACAAGAAGGAAAUAUCUUCGUUUAAAAACCUUUUCUACUUCAGAGCUUCAAAGCAACUAGCUGAUGGACACUUAUGGAUUUCUGUCUUCGCAAAACCACCUCAGAGCCCCUUCACGCGGACGCAACGGUUAUCAUGUUGCAUGUCUGUGGUCUUCUUAGCCAUGGUCACAAAUGCUAUGUUUUAUAACUUUGGUCAGAAGCCUCGCGACACUUUUCAAAUUGGACCGUUAACCAUGAGUUGGACACAGGUGAAAAUUGGAAUCCAAAGUGCAUUAAUCGCACUACCUGUAAAUGUAUUCAUUCUAACUGUUUUUCGAAAUGUCAAACCUAAGACAACACUAAAGGAUCACAGAGAGCUCGAGGAGGAAAAUUCACCAAAAGGACUCCCACACGUUUUCAUAUACGUGGCAUGGGUUCUUUGCAGCCUCGCCAUUCCGUCUUCAGCGUUCUUCACUGUGUUGUACAGCCUGCAAUGGGGAGCGAAUAUCUCAAAUGAAUGGCUCACAUCAGUGCUCAUUUCUUUUUUACAAGACGUGUUUAUCUUGCAACCCGUUCAAAUUGCAAUUAUUUCUUCAUUACUAUCCAUUAUAAUCAGAAAACCCCUAAAACAUGAUCCGGUGCGUGGCUUGCCACACCGAAAAAAUCCGUGCCAGGAAGACACUAUGGUUCUACCGCCAGAAAAAGACGUGCUAGAAACAUCUCGAAAGUUCUGGAUAAAACUUCGAAAGAUGUUUCGAUCUGUCCGGGAAAUCAGCUUCUUUUUGAUUUUUGUUAUAUUACUGUUCGUAGUAUGCUAUGGAAAUAGGGACGUUUCAAGAUAUCACCUGAGAAGGUCAGUCGGGGAUAUAUUCAAUAAAUCUGGCGAGGGAAUAAGGAACACCACGGCAUUUUGGAACUGGACUCGAGAAAAACUAGUGCCAGGCCUCUUCUUAUCCAAAUGGUAUAAUGGGAAGCAGGUUAAGUUAGGGGAGGGUUUCAUCAGCAGUGGAUAUCCUUUUCUAGUUGGCAUGCCCAGGCUCCGGCAGAUUAGAGUGAAAUCAGAAUCAUGUCUGACGGAUGAUUACAUAAAAGUGAAGCGAUGCUUGUCACAUUACAGCUCUCAUUCAGAAGACAAGACGACAUACAAUCUCCGUGACUGGACACCAAUUUAUAACAUCAGCGAAUUCGAGGCUUCGUUUGAUGAGCUAUGUCCUAAGCCCUGGAGGUAUAGGACAGCAAAUGCCUUGGAGGCACUCCCCUUUAACGGGUUCUACGCCAGUUACGAUGGUGGAGGCUAUGUCGCUGAUCUUGGCUAUAAUGCUGAAUCAGCUUUAAGAGUAAUCGAUGACCUAGAAAACAACGAUUGGAUUGAUCUUAGAACAAUCGCAGUGUUUGUUGAAUUCACAGUUUAUGAGCCCUCAAGCACACUUUUCAGCGCAGCCAAGUACUUGCUUGAGAGGUACCCAACAGGAAGCUCCAUUAUGAAUACCAGAAUUGAUACCUUAAAGAUUUUUUACCCUGCGGAUCCUGGAUUUCGUUCGAUUUAUUUAGCUUGUUACUUCCUACUUAUUGUUUUCCUUCUUGGAUUACUUUUGAUGGAGAUUUUAAAACUAUUUAAUCAAGGAUGGAGGUACGUAACACAUUUUUGGAACUUGAUAGAUGCUUUGCAAGUUAUCGCUGCUGCAGCUGCAAUGGCAUCCUUUUUCUUCAAGGCCAAAUAUACGAGUAAUUUUUUAAAGCGUGUUAAGAAGAACCCGUUCGCCACAUCAAGUUCGGACUACAUUGUAUUGUGGUGUGAUGUAGAAACGUGGCUGCUGUCUCUUGUCGUCUUCAUUGUUACCGUCAAAUUUUUGAGGUUGCUAAAAUUCAACAAUCAUAUCUGUCACUUCACGUAUACCGUGAAAUCAGCAUUGAAACAUCUAUUUUCGUACUCAAUGGUGUUCACGGCUACAAUCCUUGCAUACACACAGUUAGGUACUCUUCUAUUCGGAAGCAAUGUGUCUACCUACUCAAACCUGGCAAGAUCCCUCAUGAUGCUCUUAGAAAGGCUGCUGGGUGAUAACAUGUACACAAAUGAGCUCAAGGCAGCCAACCAGAUUAUGGCCCAGUUGUUUACCGUUGCAUAUUCGUUAUCUAUUGCAAUGAUAUUAAUGAACAUGUUUUUGAGUAUCCUUCACAGUUCCUACCGGGAGAUAAGGCUUCUUAAACAAGGGCGUUUUCCUGACGUAGAAUUAGCUCGGUUUGCUGCGCACUAUUUCAUGGAGAAAGUCAAGAUUCUUUGGCAUGACACCAAACACUCAAUAAAAGAAACUAAGCUCAGAAAACUGCGAUUUAAUAGAAGGAAAGCAGAUGUCUUUGGCUUUUUGAAAAGGGACUCCAAAAUUAACCGAGAAGCUGAGGAGUACAUUUGCUUGUCAUCCGAAAAUGUAAGAUUCGAAGAGGUGGUUUUGGAGGAAAUGAUAGAUAUUGAUUCAGUGGAUGAGUACAAUUCGCUAAAAGACAUGAGGAAAACUAUACUUCAAAUAGGAGGAAAUUUCUUUCUGACACAAAAUGAAUGGAGUUCUAGUAGCAUAAAUGAAGAAGACGACGACAGAGAAGAUGCAAGCUCAUCGAAAGGCGACUGGAGUGACGGUAUGGAAAGCAGUUUUUCGAACACGUCGGACAUGGAUCUUGUUUAA